AUGACGAUCACAUUUCUGGACCGCAUCUCGAGUGCUGCGCAGAUCCGCGAGUGGGUUGAUUUCGUGCUGAGCGUGGACCCGAAUCCCUCGUCCAAGCACGAGUUGUUCUACUACGUGGCUGUGUCCCGCCUGUUGGCCGAGGCUGUUGGGAGCAUCUCCCUGUCCGAUUUCGAGGGCCCUCACAUGCGUGACAUGAUCAAGGGCUCCACGGCCAUCAAUGACGUGCCUUACGCGUCAGAGCCAGCGAAGUGCGCCCAGGCAGCCCUGCCAGCUGCCGCGGAAUCCAUGACCGGGAUGGCCGAGGCCGCGAAGCAAUUUGCUGAGCUGCAAAGCCAAGCGCUGCAGAAAGGCAAGCCGAAAGGCCUCAGCUUCAAGCUGCAGGACAGGCUGGUUGAAACCGGCUUGCAAGAUUUCGCAAGGGGCAGCCUCCCAUCAGAGGAAGUGCUGGCCAAGUUCGAGGCUUCAGGCAAGAUUGCCCACGACAAAGGCCGCCACUGGGUCGGCCCCGCAGAGGACGAGGACUUACGCGAGCACCACCGCCCGCAGUGGAGCCGCACGCCAGUCGUGGAUGCCAUCAUCGGCGACGGGUCCUACGAGGACAGGGUGAAGCAGUCUGCUGCCGCAAAGCGGUCUGGUGCAUGGGUGGAUAAGAUUGACUACAUCAGUUUCGCGACGUUCACGGGGCACCUGAACGAGUGGGGUUUCAAGCUGAUCCUCACCAAGGCGUGCAAGAUGUCAGAUUUCUUUGCCUACUCUAACAACAUCAUCCGCAUUGCCGAAGGCCUCGGCAGCGUCAGGACAGCGUUCCAGUACGACGUCCUUCAGAGGAAGGCCAUGGCGCAGAUCGACAGGAGCAUCCUGAAGGACGCCAGAGACAAGGUCGAGAGGCGCUUCGCCGACACCGCCAGGGCUGACGGAACGCAGAAGGGUUCGCACAAAGGAUAUCUCAAGGAUGGCCCUGACGUCCGAGGCGCGGGGCCCUCCAGCGCGAGCUCCGGCGGCAAGGGCGCGAAGAACGACAAGGGCGGCGAUGACAGGCGCCCGCGGUCGCCCGAGAGACGCCCCAAGGGCAGCGCGAGCAAGGGCCACCCCCCCUCCAGGAGUCCGCGCGCCACCGCCCACGGCAGCAGCUGGGAGAGGAAGUGA